ACUGUGGUAAUAGUGGAUACUCCCCUACUGUCUCCAAAGGUUUCUGUGAUAUGGGCAUUGAAACUCCUCAACAGAAGAAAAACAAUCAUCACAAGCAGGACACCUCCAUCCGAGGCUGCCUCCACCCAGAAAAGAAGUCCGCCAAAGAGUAGUCAAAAGAAACCAAAUGCACCAAUGUUCAGUAACACUGACAUAAAUAAACCUUCUGAUUGGAAAAUUGAUAUUGCCUUACCCCAGGCUUCCUCAUCGAAGGUGGCUUGUGAAGAUGAUCUUAGGAGUAAACACCUUGGGUUUCCCCUUCUGCAGAUGGUGAUAGUAGUGGUUACUCAAAAAGACAAAAAAACGCUCCCUCUUCAAUCAAACUUGUGUGAUGAAAAACUGCAUAAAUUGGGAAGUUUGAAAUUUGGGUCUCGUGUGGUUCCAUUCCAUGAGAAUGAUUACUGCGAGUUGGACAUGACAGACGGUAAUAAUACUGAAGAGGUCUAUGGGAACCAGAAAGAGAUUGAAGAUCUGUCUUUGAUCCGGAAACAGCUUCUUCAGAUCGAACACCAACAAUCUAGUCUGUUGGAUCUCCUUCAGGUAUCUUAA